GAAGAGAGCAGAAAGAGAGAAGGGCUGAGCUGCGACACUCACUCACAGAGAGGCAGAGGUGUGAAAGAGUUAGGCAGAGGAAGAAAGGCAGACUUGGAAAGUAAUAGCAGGUUUUCUGUUUCAUAUUGCUUGAAAGUGGGGAAAGAGAUUACAACAUAUCCGGGAGAGAGAAAAGAAAGGGAGAGUACCCUAUAAUUUCUCUUUUAGACGGGUUUGACAUACUUCUCCACCCGGGUGAAGCAGUCUCUUUGAGUGCAGGUUCAGGGACCCCUGAGGACCACGGCUUGCAAUGAUAAGGAUUUUGGUAACGUGCGUCUCCAUGGUGUCCAUCACCUCGAUGGUGUCUGGUGCUCGCGGUGGAUACGGGAUGAGCAUGUUCGCGGCUCAAUCCUCUCCUCCGGACCCGUGCUACGACGAGAACGGGAACCCCAGACGCUGCAUCCCUGACUUCGUGAACUCCGCGUUCGGGAAGGACGUGCGCGUGUCCAGCACCUGCGGCUCUCCGCCGUCGCGCUACUGCGUGGUGACCGAGAAGGGCGAGGAGAGAUCGAGGGACUGCAACAUCUGCGAUGCCACAGACCCCAAAAAGACCCAUCCGCCCGCAUACCUGACAGACCUCAACAACCCUCACAACCUCACCUGCUGGCAGUCGGAGAACUACGUGCAAUACCCGCAGAACGUGACUCUGACUCUGUCUUUGGGGAAGAAGUUUGAAGUGACUUAUGUGAGCCUCCAGUUCUGCUCUCCUCGCCCCGAAUCCAUGGCCAUCUUCAAAUCCAUGGACUAUGGGAAAACCUGGGUGCCUUUUCAGUUCUACUCAACCCAGUGCAAGAAAAUGUACAACAAGCCCAGCAAAGCUGCCAUCACCAAGCAGAACGAGCAGGAGGCGAUCUGCACGGACUCUCACACGGACAUGCAGCCGUUAACGGGCGGCCUCAUCGCGUUCAGCACGCUGGAUGGCAGACCGUCCGCGCACGACUUCGACAACUCGCCCGUCCUGCAGGACUGGGUCACGGCCACCGACAUCAAAGUGACCUUCAACCGCCUGCACACGUUCGGGGAUGAGAACGAGGACGACUCGGAGCUCGCCAGGGACUCGUAUUUUUACGCGGUGUCUGACCUGCAGGUCGGCGGGCGGUGUAAGUGUAACGGGCACGCGUCGAAGUGCGUGAAGGACCGGGAAGGGAACCUAGUGUGCGAGUGCAAGCACAACACUGCGGGCCCGGAGUGUGACAGGUGUAAACCCUUCCACUACGACCGGCCCUGGCAGCGCGCGACUGCCAGAGAGGCGAACGAGUGUGUCGCUUGUCACUGUAACCUACAUGCCCGCCGCUGCCGCUUCAACAUGGAGCUGUAUAAGCUGUCGGGCCGCAGGAGUGGAGGAGUCUGCCUGAACUGCAGACACAACACCGCCGGACGCCACUGCCACUACUGUAAAGAGGGCUACUACAGAGACAUGAGCAAGGCCAUCUCACACCGACGUGCAUGCAAAGCCUGUGAUUGUCAUCCGGUUGGCGCUGCUGGUAAGACCUGUAACCAGACGACUGGACAGUGUCCAUGUAAAGAUGGUGUGACUGGCAUCACCUGCAACCGCUGUGCUAAAGGAUACCAGCAGAGCAGAUCACCCAUCGCCCCCUGCAUCAAAAUUCCUGUUGCUGCUCCCACAUCCUCCUACAGCAGUCCAGAUGAGCCCACAGACUGCGACUCCCACUGCAAAGCACCCAAGGGCAAGAUGAAGGUCACCAUGAAAAAAUACUGCAAGAAAGAUUUCGCCGUCCAGGUCCACGUGCUGAAAGGUGACAAGGCAGGCGAAUGGUGGAAAUUUACCAUCAACAUCAUAUCGGUGUAUAAGCAGGGUGGACACCGCAUCCGCAGAGGAGAUCAGCUCCUAUGGGUCAGGGCAAAAGACGUUGCCUGCAAGUGCCCCAAAAUAAAACCAGGGAGGAAGUACCUGCUGAUGGGCUCCGACGAGGAGGAGGACUCGCGUGGGCAGAGCGGUGUGGUGGUGGACAGGGGCAGCCUGCUCAUCCCCUGGAAAGACCUGUGGGCCCGUCGCCUCAGAAAAUUCCAGCAGCGCGACAAGAGAGGAAAGUGCUAGAAAAACAGAGAGGAAAGGGAAAGACAAAAAUAAUGAGCCGAGCGCCUGAAGCUGAGUGAUCAGAACUGUGCUGAAGGACAACCAGUCGAGCAGUUUCGCCUUCCGUUGUUUAGAGUUUCUUUUUGUUUGUUUGUUUCCCAUCAAGAUUUUAUUUUUUCAUAUCUUCAAGUUUGCAGAAUUUGCACCUGCUAUUAAGUAUACGUAUAUGUAAAGUGGUGUAUGUGUGAUCCUUACUGGUGUCUGUUUAUGAUUUCUGUCUUUUUUCACACAAACAAGAAGCAAGCUACUGAGUCAGUUUGUCUAUGUGAAUGUUUUCUUUUGGCUGUCAAGCGAACAUUUUUAAAGUGUGUACAAAAGGGUCCAAAAAGCUGAGAUCACAGAUUAAAUUUCUAGAAUUGGUAGGAAUUGUUAAGCAAAGAAGAGCUUUUUACGACUCAUUAUUAGAAGUUAUAUAAUCUGAGGUAUUAUAUAAGCAGUGGACGCUGGUUGCUGUUCAACUUCUGCCAUUUCAAGACAGAAAUCUCAAAAACUUCAUUCAUUCAUUUUCAUCUGCUUUUCUGGGUCUGGGUCACUGGGGCAGUUGUCUUAGGAGAGAAUCCCAGUCUACCCUCUCCCCAGACACUUCCUCCAGCUCCUCCAUGGGGAUCUCGAGGUGUUCCCAGGCCAGCCGACAGACAUAGUCCCUCCAGCGUGUCCUGCGUCUUUCCUGAGGCCUCUUCCUGGUGGGACUGCCUGGAACACCUCCCUAGGUAGGUGUCCAGGAGGCAUCCGAAAGAGAUGCCCGAGCCACCUCAGCUGGCUUCUCUCGAUGUGGAGGAGCAGCGGCUCUACUCCGAGCUCCUCCAGGGUGACAGAGCUCUUCACCCUAUCCACCCUGCGAAGGAAACUCAUUUCGGCCACUUGUAUCCGAGAUCUUGUUCUUUUGUUCAUGACCCAAAGCUCAUGACCAUAGGUGAGAGUAGGAACAUAGAUUGAGCGGUAAAUCGAGAGCUUUGCCUUUCAGCUCAGCUCCUUCUUUAACACAACAGACCGCUGCACCAAUCCGCCUGUCAAUCUCCCAUUCAAUCCUUCCCUCACUCGUGAACAAAACCCCAAAAUAACUCCUCCACCUGGGGUAGGGACUUUCCUCCAACCUGGAGAUGGCAAACCACCUUUUUCCGGUAGAGCACCAUGGCCUCGGACUUGGAGGUGCUGAUUGUCAUCUUAGCUCCAUCACACUUUGCAGCAAACCGCCGCCAGUGCAUGCUGGAGGUUCAUGUUUGAUGAAGCCAACAGACAAACAUAGUCUGCGAAUAACAGAGAUGAAAUCUUGUGGUUCCCAAACCUGACCCCCUUCAGCCCAAGGCUGCACUUUGAAAUUUGAAAAGAUAGGGUUGUCGUGGUCCUAACCUUCGACCACCACCCGUUCCACAAUGCACCGGCGCCUUACAGCUCCCCCUGCAGGUGGUGGGCCUGCAAGAGAAUGGUCCUAUGUCGCUGUAUGAACAGAGUAGGAGUUUGGUUCGUAUUGCCGCCAAUAAGUCAGACUUGUUUCCAGUGCAUGUUGGACUCCAGCAGGGCUGCCCUUGGUCACCAAUUCUGUUCAAUCUCAAAAAUUAAAGUAAAAUAAUAUAAUGUUUUUAUUACAUUUUUUAUUAAACAGUUUCAUGUCAAGGUUAUUUCACCUACUUUCAAGUCAAAAUAAAAUGAAAUGAAUAUAAAAAAAUAAUUAUUGACAAUCUAAAUUGUAAUGAAUCUUGUUGGGUUUUGUAACUAAUCUUAUUUCCAUUUCUUUCAAGGAAAGAUAUUUCCCAAAAAAAAAAAAAAAUGUUUACUUAAAUUGUUGAUUUAAAUUGUAAUGAACCAUUUUGAUGUCCAACCCAGAGUAAAACUGGAUUCGUUUUCACUCCUUUCAAGGCAAAAAUCACCAGAAAUGAAAUGAAAUAAAUUUAACACUAUCAAGCCGAAAUCUCCAAAUAAAUUAAUUCAUUAAUUAAAUAAAAAAAAUGUUCCCACUCAAAAUGUCAAGCUGAUUCAAUUUGUAAUUAAAAUAAUUUGUUUUACACAAACGCAUAAAAUAAACACAUAUCAUCAGUGCUCUCAGAUUUCUGGACCCCCUUUGAAGUCUCAUUAGAAAGCAGCAUUUCCAUUAGCAUGAUUGAAAUAAAGCAACUACAGAUAUAUACUAUAAGAUAGUACAUCUUUUACAAUCCUUCCUUUUAGACAGAAAAUCUGCUGACAAUACCUCACUGUUGCUGUUCAAAAUGGCAUGACAUCAUAACGACAUCAUAAUGUUUAUUCGUGUUGCCAAAAGCUCAAUGCUGAUCCUUUUUGGCCUUUGAUACUAACUGUGGUGAUCUUUAAAAAUGUGCUGUAGUGUGAGAAUAGUUAUACAAAUAGGCUAUUGUUUUAUAACCACUUUAUUUGAAAACAACAUGUUCCCAAUUUAUGGUUUAAAAAUGUAAAGCAGAAUCGUAUUAUAUUCCCCAGAUGUUUAUCAUGCAGUAAUUCCCUAAAGUAGAUUUAUUUUAUCAUUAGGAUUGUUAAAAAAACGUUCUUCAGAAAAACGAGAUGACUAGAUUUUAAAGACAUUUUUAUAUUCUAGAUACUAAAUAUGACAGAUACUGCAUGUCAUUGCUAAGUUUUAGCACUAAGCGAUCAAGAUUAUAACGAAGCAACAUCUUCACUGCCAUAUUUACUUGUUCAUACAAAUAUACGGUCACAUCCUACCAAAAUCAAUCAGAUAAAAAUGGCUCUUAUUAUCUAAAGAAGCAAACAAAUUUCUGUGUUAUCGCUUAUGUGGUACCUUCCUUUGCCCUGGUACUUUACUAAAGUGAUAUGCUCUACUGUUUUUUGUAUAGCUGUAUAGUUUCUUUUGUACAAUAUUUAGUAGAUUAUAUUCACAUGCAAUUAACCAUUUUUAUGCCAUGAGCUUGAUGUUCUGAAAAUAAAAGAAUGAUUUUUAGAUUUCUUUGUUUACAUGAGUUGAUAGUGUAGAGAGAGGGUUGUAUUAUGUUUAUGUGACAUGUAAUUACGUGCGCACACACACACACAUACUCUGAAAGUCUGACUAUGAACUGGAAUUGAGUGACUAUGGUUUGUUAAACUCACAGAUGGUCUAGUUCUUUAAAGACACUCUGACCUCACAAGUAGACUUUGACCAGUUUUCCAGACAUUUUGGAAAAUUCUCUGAACUUUUUGUUUGUUUUUGUUUUUUGAUGAAGACAUUUUCAAUGUUCAUGGUCCUCCUGUAUAUGAUGUUUUACUGUGUACUUUGCAAAAGCUGUGUAUUGUCCUGUAAUGCAUACUAAUAUAUUAUGAUUCUCAUAAAUGAACAUAUUUAAUGAUACAUGAA